AUGGCCUUAUCUACAAUCUCUUCUUCAGUCACCUCUUCAUGGCUCUAUGAUGUUUUCUUGAGCUUUAGAGGAGAAGAUACCCAUGAUAUUCUUAUUGCCCAUCUCUAUUGUGCUUUGACUCAAAAGCGAAUCCCCACCUACUUAGAUGAGGAUGAACUUAGAAGAGGUGAUGAAAUUUCACCUAUACUUCUCCAAGCUAUAGAAGGUUCAAGAAUUUCCAUUACUAUUCUUCAGUGUGAAAAAUCAAAGCAACAACGGGUUCUACCUGUGUUUCACCAUGUAAAUCCAUCGGAUGUACGCCAUCAAAGAGAGAGUUUUGGAAAAGCAUUGGCUAAACAUGCUAAGAAAUUGAUGAAUGUAGACAAGAAGAAGUUGCAGCUGUGGAAGGCAGCCCUUCAAGAAGUUGCCAAUUUGUCAGGAUACCAUCUCAGAAAUGGCGACACUUGGAAUCAAGUGAAUCGUUUGGUGCAACUACAAAAGAUACUUCUUUCUAAGAUCUUAGGAGAUUGUAGAAGUUUGAAGGUUGACAAUAUUGAUACAGGAAUCAAUAUGAUAAAGCAUAGGCUUCAUUCUAAAAGAGUUCUUCUAAUUCUUGAUGGUGUAGACCACUUGACCCAAUUAAAAACAUUAGCAGGAGCUUUAACGGUGCUUGGUUCGGAUUUAACGGAGUUUGUAGAACAGAUCAUAAAUUAUGCUGAGAGGCUUCCACUAGCUUUAACGGUGCUUGGUUCGGAUUUAUCUAGUGGAAGUGAAAGUGAGUGGAUAAGUGCAAUGAAUGAGUACAAGCAAAUCCAUCACCAAGUUAUUCAAAAAAUACAUCAAACAAGUUAUGAUAGAUCAAGUGAAAAUGAAAAGAAUGUUUUUCUUGACAUUGCAUGUUUUUUCAAUGGACAAUGGCUUGACGAUGUCAUUAGAAAGAUACUAGAUAGUUUUGGUUUUUGCCCAAACUUUUCGAUCCCAAGACUUAGGGAGAAGUGUCUUAUUACGGAGUUCGAUAGAAGAUUGCAAAUGCAUGACUUGUUACGAGAUAUGGGUAGAGAAGUUGUUCGACAAGAAUCGCACAAAAAUCCAGGAGGACGUAGCAGAUUAUUCUUUCAUAAAGACAUUCGCGAAGUACUGGAGAAUGAUAUAGGAACAGAUAGAGUUGAAACAAUUAUUAUGGAUUUUCCUGAAGAUAUUUCAAGGUGCCCAAAUCUGAAGGAAAUAUAUAUUAGUUUUUGUAAAAAGCUUGUUGAAGUUCAUGAUUCUGUUGGAUUCCUUGAUAAGCUUCAUGAAUUGUGCCUUUGUGGAUGUUUCAAUCUAAAGAGCUUUCCAAGGGGACUACAGUUAAGAUCUCUGGGAUUACUUGAUCUUAGUAAUUGCUCAAGCCUUCAAAACUAUCCUGAAAUCGAAUGUGAAAUGAAACAUUUAGUCAAAGUCGACUUAUUUGGCACUGCAAUAGAAGAAUUGCCUUCAUCCAUUGGGUACCUCACUGGGCUUGUAAAUUUAAACCUAGGUAGCUCUGUAAACCUUAAGCGUCUACCAAGUAGCAUUCAUCAGUUGAGAUCUCUAGAGUUCAUUAAUCUCCAUUGUUGUCCAAAUAUUAUAAGUUUUGGGAAGGAGGAGGAGUUGCAUAAUAGACAACCCAUGCCCAAUGUAGCAUCUACAAGCUGGGAAAAUGAAGCUUCAACGGGUGCAGAAUUACUCCCGUUGCCGUCUCCAACAAAUUCAACCACUUCUCUUAAAUUGCUUCCACAAAUGAGGAAGGGGAUAGACAUCUUUUUUGGCAUAGUGGGUGAUCCACUAUCCUUUUCUUCUGUAGAUUGGUUUGAGUUGGGAGGGCCUCGAGACAAGCUCUCCAUAAGAAUACCUUGUCACCAGGAUGUACCUUUAAUUUCCAUAGGUGUUGCCACACUUCCCUGA